AUGGCCAGCGACCCCCGCCCCCAACCCCAAGUUGAAUCUCACCAAUCCUUCCCAGAGUCCACGCCAGGUUUACAAUUCGAGUUUUACCGACCACCAGCCGCUCCCUCGCCGGUACCAAGAUUCUCAACGUCGCCGAUUCCUAUUCCUACCAUCCCGACACCCGGUAGGAACGGGCAUGCCAGGCCAAACGAAACUGCUGCGGUCUCGCUACCGGCCAAUACAGCUCCGCCAUCUGCCGCCUCGAGAACCACACCUACGUUGAUUGUCGUAGAUGACGAUGCCACUGAGAUUCUUCCAAAAGAGCUAGCACCUGUCGGGACGCUUACCACCCGGCCUUUCGAACCCCGUAUGCGCCUUCCAGCUGGAGAAGCUCCAUACACCUCGCCCAAGGUUGUAUCGCCCCCGUUACUUGCUAUUCGAUCGUCUCCGGUUGCAACUCGAGUGCCGCCCCUUCCUGCGUUGGGGCCCCCAAUACCCUCGACGCCCCCCUCCCCUGCUCCUCCCCCGCUUGCCAGUCCAAAGCAGCUCGUUCAACGGAUACACCGAGGUGCCCCGCAAAAUUGGAGGAGAGAAGCCCAUGCUAUUAGUUUGGCGAGGGUAAGGAUGUUGCUUUCGACCCAAGGCGAAUUCAGCCCGGCAGCAAGAUGGCCCUCCGAGCAGCGACGGGCCGUAUCUUGCCUCAUCACGGAGAACUUCAAUGGGUCGAAGGGGCUCAAGGAUUUGAUCCAUCAGAAGACAAGCUCUAAACCGGCUAUGCUCGCCAUCAGGAGAGAUGAUGGCGACCAACGAGGCGAGCUCAUCCGCGCAAGCCGAGUUCAUUCCCUCCUCUUCGCAAGGGAAGUGUCGGGCCAGCGACUAGGCGCAACAAGGUCGCAGCGGAACUUCUUCAACGAGUUCCGUACGUACCGUGAGGAUGCGCUGGAAAAGAAGGCGGAGUGGACGGGAUGUGCCGGUGAUAUCUUCACUAUAGUAUGGGUUUCGAAUGCCGGGUUUUUGUGUGGGACCACCGAACACUCGGACGCGCAUAAUCAACAAUACAACAAGCCCGGUAACCUGGUUCUCGGGUCUUGUCUCGAUAUUACGCUCCGUGCCUACCCAGAGCAUCGGAUCGUCCGACCGGUUGUCGAGAAAGGGGAAAACUCCACUGAGGCUAUGCGACAGAGUCAAGAUCCGUGGCUCUAUUCUUCUGUGGUGUCCUCCGACUACGACGCGGUUCACGACAGGGCGUUUACCUGCUCAUUUGACAAAACGGUCAAGAUAUGGAAAGUGCAGAAGUCGGGCUCAUCCAUGAGUCUCUUGGGCGAGUGGAAACACGACGCAACGUCAACUUGUGCUGCUUCCAAACAUGAGUCCGGUAUGGUCGCUACGGCGCCGACGUGGCGGCCGAUGCAGUCCGUAUCUACAGCGCACCUUCUGUUGGUUGGUUACUCGCCGAGAAGCCGGACGGGGGACGAUAACGAUAUCCCUGAGCUUCGCCGGGACUCGGGCGAGUUGUGUUUGUGGGAUGGCGUCACCGGCGAGCGGUGGCGUGUCACAUCGGCCACGACACAGAACGUAUUCGAGGUCUUGUGGCAUCCAUCGCAGGACUGUUUCAUCGCUGCCACGUCGCCGCUAGGUCUUGAACUGGAACCUAGUGUGCAUACGCAGAUCAGGAUCUUCCGGCCCGCUGAUCAAGACGAGUUUGGUGUCAAAGCGUAUAGCCCCAUCAAAACGCUCGACUGCACAGCAGUUGACAUCAACGAAUUAACAAUCAUCUGGCUGCACGGAUGGCAACACCCGAUUGACGAAUACCGGGGAGAUCGGGAACGUGAAGACGUUGGAGUGAAGUUUUGCGCGUGGGGAACCACCCCAGAUCGGUUCUACACCGGUUCGUCUGAUGGAGUGGUUAAAGUCUGGAACAUCCGCUCCCUGAGCAAGCCACUCGUUCGAAAUCUCAUCCAGGCCCCGGCGCCUAUAACAGCAGGCAUGUUCUGCCCGGACAAGACGCGCCUCGUCGUUGGGGACGCUAGUGGCCGCGUCUUCAUGUUCUCUAUACAAGAGGAAAAGGAGCAGGCGAUGUCUUCUACCCAGGUCCCAUUGCCAGGCGCAGCGGGUUUUAAAACAAUCCAGCGUCCACCAGCCAUUACUCCCCACCCAGACCCUCCGGCGCCGACCCACGAUGCAGAGGGUCGCCUCAUUGUAUCGGAAUCGGGGUUCUAUGAUAGGCCGAGGCUACCUUAA